AUGUUAAAGGAUCAAUUAUUAGCAGCUCUGUCGAGUGCUUCGUAUUUUUUAAGCCAAAAUGACCUUUUAACUUUGGCCCAGGUUUCGAGACAAUUGCAUGAUGAUUUCGCCAUUAAGGAGUUAUACAGAUAUAUUCAUAUUACUCGAGACUCAGUGAAUAGGAGUGAAUUAUGGUAUUUAGAUGGAGGUAAGAGUUAUUUGAGCGGGUACAGAGCUAUGAAAAAGACUGGAGAUCAAAAUGAUUUGUUUCUUCACGAUAGAAUUGAAAGAUUGUCAAAUUCUCCACAUUUGGAACUUGUAGAAGAGCUUAUAGUGGAUGAUGAUUUGUUUACAGAUCGUGAAGUUUGUUUACCCGUGUUGAGGAAACUUCUGGAUCGAUUGAUUUCCUUGAACAAGUUGAGAAACCUUGAAAUUAGAGAUCCUGAGUUAUUUCAGGAGUAUUACUCAAGAUCUUUAGAAUUGACUGGUUUGAAUAGAAUUACCAUAGCUGAUACAGAUCCAAUUACUUCUCUAGGGGCGGUUUCAAAACUAAACAAGUUGAAAUGGGUCUUGCUAAAUUCUGAAGCGAAAAUGGGAUCUCUUGGUUCUUCCACGAGGCAAACGUUAGCCAAUCAGUUGCAGGAGGCGGAACUAGUGGCUGAUGAAAUAAAAUUUUGCAGUUUAAAUUUAUUUCAAUACUUGCAAAAAGAGGGAAUUCGGCUCAAUGCAUUGAAAUCUUUAAAACUCAAUUACACCCAUAAUAUUGAUGGUUAUAAUAAAUCGUUUGUGGAAGAUCCAGUUAAAAUUAUAAGUUCAGUGGUGGAUGUGGGGAAAUUGGAAAAAUUAGAAUUGGGUAUCUCGUGUGAAUACGACGAUUGUGGUUGCAUGGAUGCAUUUAUGGAUGGAUUAGCUCCUAAAUUGACUUCAUUGCGUGAAUUAUCAUUAAUCGAAAAGACUUCUACAGAAACCACAAGCCACGAGAUGAAAGAAAGUUGGGAUAUUGUGGUUUGUAGAUUUAUUAUUCGCUUGCCCUCUGUUGAGAAGAAUUUGAAAUCUUUGAGUAUUAGGCACGCUACUCCGUUGAAUGGUCUCUCCGAUAAUAGUCUUCCCGGUAACUAUGUCCGUAGAAGAACCCUCUAUGAGACGGUUUUGCCGAAGCUAAGUUCUUUACAAAAGUUGAUCGCCCCUAACAUUUUACAAUGUCUCAGUGCUUAUGAAUAUUUGAUGUGUGAUCUACUGUGGAACGGAUGUGAGUGCCAAAGUUGCCAAAAAUUUCUCCCCAUUUUCGAUCAGUAUCUGAUGAACCAUCAGUACUACUUAACAAGUGAGGGUAGGUACACGGAUGUUAUACCUACGGUUUUCUUUGCAUAUGCAGGUGAUUUUCUGAUGAGAAGAUUUUCCGAUCAAAUUGAUUGGGAUUUGGAUAUCCUCAGCGUUGCGCCAUUGGAAAGAUUUUGGAAUUUACAUGGGUAUGAAGAUUUACGCGAUUUCGUCGAUUACGAAUGCUUUUUUGAUGAGACUACGUCACCACCAUUGGCUCUUGUAAUAUCGCAUUUUUUCAACGGUUAUAUGGACCAUCUAAUCCAACUUUUGCCCAGAUUAAAGACCGUGGUCCUUUCCGGCAUAUAUUACACAGUGGAUAAUUCCCAUAAUUAUACAUGUGUUUAUGAUUAA